GGCGACCCCGCGCAAGGACGCCAGCGCAAACGGGCCGCUAAUAUCUUGGCGUACUUUUUACAAGCUGCUAUUUUAAGAGCUUCUGACAUGUACUAUUUUAAUUGCUAAAUAUAUGGCACUCAGUCCUCGUCACGAUGCAUGCCAGGCAGUCUGGUUGUACUGGACAAAAUGCCAAGCGCUACCUUACCUGAACACUAAUAAUGCUGAGAGUUAGCUUUUUCUUACGGGAUUGCCUUUGUUCUGUACAGGCUAAAUUACCUAAUGCUCUCAGUUACUGAUGCUCCGAAAACCCGGACGCGCCAUGACCUUUAAAAAAACCUACCUUUUCUUGGUUGUUAGUAAAUGGAAUUAAAAACCAGGGGUUCGUUUUUUCCCAUGAUGCGUAACUCGCAUGUUUUCAGUUUUAGUUUUUAUGUUUGUAAUUGAGUCUGAAAUCCAACUUGGAUGUGCAAUAAAGAGAAUUUAUAUCAGAGCAAGAAUGGCUUUCUUCCAAAAAUCUUACAACUGUGAAAGGUCAUUUGGUGAAUGUGUUGGAAUAAACAUUUCUCCUUUAAAGCUGUACUCUGCCACCUACACAGGUUGGGAUAGGGUUUCUCAUUCAUUCUGCUCCUUCCAUACUAUUAAGCCUUUUUAAAUUAAAAAAUAUAAUACAAAUUUUACAAAUUUAUUUUGGUGACCACCAUCAUUUAAAUAAAGAGGAAAUGUUUCAAUCAUUUGAAGUUCCAAUUUCUCCUUCAUCAACACAGCCAUUCAUUUUUAUAAGUACAAAACAAAUUAAUGAAAAACAGGAGAGGCCUACAUGCUAACAAAUACAGCCAGGAUGCCUCCCACUCAGGCAGAAAGUGUUAUAAAGAAUAUCAUUCGAGAGAUAGGACAAGAAUGUGCAACCCAUGGAGAGGUACCUUCUGAAACUCUGGUUGCUUUUAUGGUGAAAGCUGUUGUCCUGGAUCCAAGUAAUGGCUUUAACAUGGACAGAGUCCUCAUAAAGAGUGAUGUGCAGAAACUCAUUAAGCUUUGUGUGAGUCGACUAUUGGACAGUAAGAAUCCAUCCCUGGACACCAUUAAGAUGCAAGUCUACUUUGAUAUGAAUUAUACAAAUCGAGAGGAAUUUCUUGAAGAACAUCACCGGAUUGUGGAGUCUAAAUUAGGUCCUGUUACCAGAGAAAUUACAGAUAACAGAGCUUGUGCUCGAGACGAAUUGGAAAGCCUCUACCGAAAGAUUGUCAGCUAUGUGUUACUGCGCUCUGGGGUCGGAUCCCCUACAGAUAUCAAGAUUGUCAGAGAGACAACAGCUGCCCUACAGAGUGUUUUUCCUCAGGCUGAACUCGGGACAUUCCUAGCUCUUUCUAAGAAGGAGAAAGAAUGCCAGCUGAAAGAACUCUCCAUGAUCGUUACUGGAAUUCGUUUAUUUAACCGAGACACUGGAAAGGGAGGAGAAGGCAUUGAGUACUUGCCAACUAUUCUACAUGAAGCAAUCCCAGCCACCACUCAGCAUAUUGACUCCCAACUUCAGACUGCCCAAGACCAGGCAUACCGUUACACGGCCAUCCUCGAGAGGGUAACAAAGAACCCACUCAUGAGUACAGAACUGCACUCAUAUAUGUUAAAAGAAGCACUCUAUAAUGUGCGACAGUAUGAAAUCUUCCUUCAGAUCAUUUUGUCAGAAAUAAUUACUAGUGCUCAAGAAGUGGAAAUGAUGACAAAGCAGUUAGGAGCCCAACUUGAACAAUUGAAAAUGAUUGUGAAUGCAAAGACAGCUGUCCCAACAUCACAAGUCUUUCCCAUCUUCAUUGCACUUUCCAACCUGUGGAUUGGCCUUCAGGAUGAAACUGUUUUGAUUGGUAUCCUCACUAAUUUAACUACUAACCUUGAGCGAUUUUUGGGCACUCAUGAAGUGCUCUUUCCUGAAAAAGUAAUACAAGAUCUUCUUGGGGAAGUGACUGUAAAAACUGAUAUGGAUCGAUUGAAAGAACACAUGGAAGAAAGAGUACAACCAGUGGAUUACAGAAAACAAGAGUGGCUUUUCCCAGAAACAACAGCAAAUUUUGAUAAACUGUUGAUUCAGUAUCGGGGAUUUUGUGGUUAUACAUUUGCUACAACAGAUGGUCUUCUCCUUCCAGGAAAUCCAGCAAUUGGAAUUUUGAAACAUAAAGAAAAGUAUUACACUUUUAAUACCAGAGAUGCUGCAUAUUCAUUUGCGGAAAAGCCUGAAAAUUAUAUUGACUUAAUUACUGAAAAGGCCAAAAAAAAUGCAGAAUUAAUUCAGCUACUGGAACUUCAUCAACAGUUUGAAACCCUUAUUCCAUGUUCUGAGAUGAAGGGUAUUAAGAAACAUAUAAAACCAAUUACAAAGAGUGAAACUAGCACACAGACGGAUCUACACAUAUUGCCACCAACAAUUGUGAGAUCAUAUGAAUGGAAUGAAUGGGAAUUAAGAAGAAAAGCUAUAAAAUUGGCCAAUUUGCGUCAAAGAGUUACUCACUCGGUACAAACUGAUCUUAGCCACAUGAGAAGAGAAAAUUUUUCACAGAUGUAUUCUUCAAAGAAUGAGAGCACGCAGUCUAAGAGGGAAGGUAGCACUGGUGUGCCUAGGCCUCAGGUUUACAUAGCUGGUCUCCGUGGUGGUCACACUAAAACCACUCACGGGGUCAAGGUGAACUUAACUAGAGCUGUUGAUGAAACGUAGUUGGAGACCACCAAAUCAUGAACAAUGGCAAGUGUUUAAAAGUAUUUUUGCAUCUGUGAAGUUUAGCUAAUGUUUGGUGCUGGUACAUGCAUUCAUUGGUUGUGUGAA